AUAUUAUCUUUUUCAAUUUUUUUUUUAAAAGGAUAAUGCAUGAAGAAUAUGUGGUAUGUGGCUCUUGUCACUGCGGAAUAUGCCUCAAUCGAUCCUUGCAUAAAUCGAUUUUAGGUGUUUUCCAUGAGCAAGAUAUGAACAUUUAAAUGGAAUGUAGCAGUGAAAUUAUUCCGGUGACGCACCUGAGUGUUUCGCAGACGGCUAAAUCGAUUCCCCUUGUAGGCUUCGGCACCGCCGAGUACCCUUUUGCCGCAUCCGAUGUGAAAGUGAAACAAUCCAUUCUGCAAGCCAUCGAAGUCGGCUACCGUCACUUCGACACAGCCGCUCUUUACCUCUCCGAGAAGCCCCUUGGCGAUGCUGUCGCCCAAGCAUUGAGUCUCGGGCUCAUCCAAUCGCGCCACGAUCUCUUCAUAACUUCUAAGCUUUGGUGUGCCGAUGCUCACUCCGAUUGCGUCCUCCCCGCUCUUCGCAACUCUCUCAAGAAUCUUGGAAUGGAGUACAUUGAUCUGUUUCUAAUUCAUUGGCCGGUGAGCCUGAAGCCGGGAAAACAGGGGGUGCCUAUGACGAAAGAGGAUCUGCUUCCUAUGGAUUUGGGGUCUGUUUGGGCGGCGAUGGAGGAAUGCCAGGAGCUUGGCCUCGCAAAAUCGAUCGGAGUAAGCAAUUUCACAUGCAAGAAGCUAGAGGAGUUGCUUUCCUUUGCGAGGAUUCCUCCGGCCGUUAAUCAAGUGGAAAUGAACCCGGCUUGGCAGCAGAAGAAGCUGCGGGAGUACUGCGAGGCGAAAGGUAUCCAUAUCACGGCUUUCUCGCCGCUGGGUGCGAAAGGGAAGCCUUGGGGGAACCAAGUGGUGGACAACCAGGUAUUGGCAGGAAUUGCUGAGCAUAAGGGGAAGUCUGUUGCCCAGGUUUGCCUGAGAUGGGUGCAUGAGCAAGGGGUGAGUCUUGUGGUAAAGAGUUUUAACGAGGAGAGGAUGAAGGAGAAUCUGAAGAUAUUUGAUUGGGAGCUGAGCCCAGAAGAGUUGGAGAAGAUUAAUCAAAUUCCACAGCAUAGAGGCACUCUGGGAGAGGGGUUUGUAUCAGAAAAUGGCCCUUACAAGACUCUCAUGGAGCUCUGGGAUGGGGAGACUUAGUGAAUCCAAUAUAUGAAGAUAUGGGAAACCCAUAUAUGUUUUAUGUAAAUAUUUGUGAUGUUAUGAGAUUUUUAUGUGGAGAUGAUGAAAAGUAGAAUAUAGAAUUGUUUUAUAAAGGAAUGAUGAAAUGUGAUAUACAGUUGUGUAUUUUACUGGAAAAUAAUGAAAUGUGAUAUAAAGAUAUGUUUUUUUGAGAAA